AUGAGCUCCCUUGUCAACACUGCGCUGGCUGCGGUCACAACCAAUGGCAAAGACAGCUUUCUGUAUUAUCAGAACGGGAAAGAUAUCAUCGAAGCCCACUCUGAGUCAGGCUCAAGCUGGACGACCAAGGCUUCCACGGUCACUAGUAACGCUGCCCUGGGUGGCUCGGCUCUGACUGCAUACUAUGUUCAGCACGACGGGGAUUUUGAAAAGAAGUCGACCAUUCAUGUCGUCUACCUUGAUUCCAGCGCGAAAGUUGCCGACAGAGUUAAGGUUCUUUCCGACGGGACCUGGACAGAUGGGAAGCUGGAUGGAAUUUCGGCAAAUCCUGCGUCGAUCUCCCGGAUUACUGGUGGGUCAUUCAAUGGCUCCGACUGGAAUCCGGAUGGAUCCCAAUGGGUCUACUUCAAUACAGAGCGCGGUGCUCAACUACAAAUCACCGAGAUCCGCCGGGUCCCGAAGAGUCCGUGGUAUACCGAAACAGUGUUACCUGAGAGCGUUCUGGCACUCCCAGGAACCGACCUGGCAAGUAGUAUCGUCAAGGGGACCAUUGACCUCUACUAUCAGGACCAUGGACAAAAUAUCAAUCACUGGGUCAGUCAGGACAACACAUGGCAUGACAAGAAAACCCUUGUCCCAGCAAGUGAAGUGGGAAACAGUACCCCCCUUGCUACAGUGAAUGAUGGCAAGAAGCAUGUCUUUUUUGCAGACAAGAGCAGCCCCUCCAAAAUCAAACACCGCGUUGAUGACAGAACCGUUGAGGUUGCACCCUUUUACCCCGGAACACGCUUCAGUGCUCUUGUUGUCAAUGGCAAGGUGACUCUAUUUUACAAGAAAUUGAACCCUGUCGGCGCCAUUGCAGCCCAAGUUUAUGAUGGCAGCUCGUGGAAGGAUGGAGGAAUUGUCGUCCCUGCCUGA